GAAGACGCACACGGACCUCCAGCGAGCUGAUCUCACAGUGACUGACCUGCAGCGGUGUUUAUCUCUUACUGAGAAGAUGUCUGUGAACGAGGUGUAUGUGUUCCGACCCUUCAAGCUGAUCGCUCUGCUGUGCGUCUUUCUCGCGCUGUGUUUGGACGUGGUGGCUCUGCUGAGCCCUGCCUGGGUCACCGCCGAGCAUUUCUCCCUUUCUCUGUGGGAGUCCUGCUCCCAGUCCGAGGCACGGGACCAGACAGAGGAGCCUCAGUGGAGCUGCUUCUCCACCCUCACAUCUGACUGGCAGAUUGCCACCUUGGUGCUGCUGGUGGCCGGUGCCGUGGCAACCCUGGUGGCCUUUUUGGUGGCCCUUAUUUCCCUCUGCCGGGGGACACAGAGAUACCACUACCGCACCGUGGCUGUGUUCCUCUUCACUGCAGUGGUUCUGCAGGCCUGCGCUCUGGUCCUCUACCCAAUCAAGUUCAUCGACGGAACAGUUCUUCAGACCUAUCAUGAGUUCAACUGGGGCUACGGGCUCGGCUGGGGAGCAACCAUCUUCAUGCUGGGCGGAGGGAUCCUCUUCUGCCUGCGGACGGACAUAUACGAGGAUGCAAUGUACUGAGUCUUCUGCUGCUGGAAAUACACACAUAAACACACACACACACACACACAUACACAAACACAGCCCUUACAAGAGGCGUGCUACUUUUCUUCACUCUGCACAUGGCCAAUGCAUAUGUGAGCACAGACCCUGUUUCUCUCUUUCUCUUGCUGUCUUGCUCCCUGUUAUUUUUAGACAGGUUGUGAAGGCCUAAUUUAGGCCAGGGCUGUUUGAAUAGGACCUCCACCCCCCACCCCC